UCGGCUGGCAGCAACACCUCGGACUCGACUUCUCAUCGGACCAGGACCCCGGAUCGGAAUCACCUACGCUACCCGGGCACCCCGGCCGGUCUAUGUAACGUGGACCUCCUUGUUUGUACCCCGUACUGCUCCAUCGAGAUCGUGUCGCGCGCGCGUAGCAACGCGAGACGCCAUGUCUCCUCGCUACGCCCACGUCGACGUCCCCGACGGCGGCUACUCCCAGUGCAUCUCGGACGUCGCGCUGCCGUGCCCCGGCGUGGCGCUCCGCCUCAACACCGUCAUCGACUGCCGCCCGGGCGAGGACCGCAUGCCGCGGGUCACGAUCGACUUCGUCAAGAGCCUGCCGCCGGCGGCCCAGCUGGCCGGCCGCUUCGAGUGCGACAGCGGCGACUUCAUCCUCUUCAGCCAGCUCCGGCGGGUGGCGGAGAUGGUGGCGGCCGCGGGGCUGCCGCCGGAGUGCUCGCCCAGCGUGCACGACUUCGUCCGCCUGUCCGCCCGCAGCGCCACCAACACCUUCUUCAGGGCGGUGGCGAUCUCCGUGGAGGCCUGCGCGCCCGGGAGCAUCGCCGCGGACGAGCACGAGGGCGGGGGCGGGGAGGUGCCGGACGGCGCGCCCACCGGGGAGUGCGCCAUCUGCUACGCGGAGUACGUGGUGGGCGCCGCCACGUCCGUGAUCCCGCCGUGCGGCCACACGUUCCACCGCAGCUGCCUCGACCGCUGGACGUCCGUGAAGCGAUCGUGCCCUUUCUGCCGCGCGCCGGUGCCGGUGGUGUACGACUACUGGUGGUGCGGGGAGGAGGACGGCGACACCGAGGAGGAUUACGGCGACGAGGCCCCGAGCGCGGACGACGACGCCGUCUCGGGCUCUCAUCAGCCUAGCUGACGCAUACCGUGGUCGAAGCACGGGCCCCGUUCUUUAGCAGCGUGCAGUUUCUGGUGGGGGAGAUGUCGCUUCGAUCAUGCGAAAUUAAGAAUAAAUUCAAAAUUGCA